UCGAAAUGUACUGAACUGAGUUAGAUUUCAGUCGCUCACCAACGACAGUCCUUGUAAACCCAUGCAUCAAAAUACCUUGUCUCCUAUUACCCUGCUUAUUUCCUUUAUAACAUUAAGCUGUGCAUUAAUUCCAAAACCUUAUGACUAUAGAAAGACGAAAUCAUUGUGUAGUAUUGGUGAAACACUUGAAUUUAUUCAUGAAUAUCCUUCAUGUUUUAUACUUAAAGAAGCAUUGAAACGAUUCGAUGAACACUUGUCACUUAGAAAUACACCAUUAUUAUCAAAUGUUACAUCCAAGUGUGUUAUAACCUCUCUUGCAGUAGAUAUAGAACAAUCGUGUGAUGAAAGUGAGAAUAAACUUUGGCCAUCUGAUAUGAUGGAUGAAUCAUAUAUAUUAAAGAUUCUUGAAGGCGGUAUAGAAAUAGCUGCGAAAGAGAUAUGGGGUGUAUUACACGCCUUAGAAACUAUCCUACAAUUGACUUAUAGAAGUGAAUGGGAUUCGAAGGUGAUAUAUGAAGCUUCUGUGUAUGAUGUUCCAGCAUAUUCACAUCGUGGUAUUAUGAUUGACACAGCUAGACAUUUUCUAAGUGUCUCUGAGAUUGAAAAAAUCAUCGAUGCAAUGUCCAUGGUUAAAAUGAAUGUUUUACAUUGGCAUGUUACCGAUGAUGAAUCAUUCCCGUUUGUAGUGUCAGCUUACCUACAACUAUCGGCACAGGGUGCUUUUAAUCCUCAAUUGAUGGUAUAUCAACGUAAUGAAGUGUUAUCCUUAUUAGAAUAUGCACGUUUACGGGGUGUACGUGUUAUGGCGGAAUUUGAGACUCCAGCUCACACACAAUCAUGGGGCAGCAUUUCUAACACGUUCCUUACUCAGUGUUACAAGGAUGGGAAACCAGAGGAUAGAUAUGGCCCAAUCAAUCCAAGUGAUGAUGAAACAUUCACAGCUUUAUCAAAUAUCUUUAAUGAAAUUCUCGGUGUAUUCCCUGAUACCCUACUUCAUUUUGGUGGUAGUGAGGUAACAUUUGAUUGUUGGCAAUCUAAUCCAACUAUUCAAGAAUUUAUGCAAACACAAAGCUUUGGUGAUGAUUACAAUUCACUUGAAGAUUAUUAUUUCCGAAAACUUAUGGAAACUGUUCUUGGGACAAAUUCAUCAGAAUGGACAGUUUCACCAGUCAUUUGGGAGGAUGUAUUUGAUAAUGGAUACCGUGGUGAACCAGCGACUGUGGUGCACGUACAUCAACCUGAAUACAAGUCAGUAAUAGAAGAGGCCACAAAAGCUGGAUACAGAGUAAUCACUAGCUCCUGUUGGAAACUGAAUGAAAACAAGCUUGAUGAUGAUUGGAGAAAAUAUUAUGAAUGUGAUUUCAGUACAUUUGAUGGUACUGCUGAUCAGCAAGCCUUACUAAUUGGUGGUGAAGCUUUACUAUGGGGUUUCUAUGUGGAUAAUGCAAAUCGAUCUCCAGCAACUUGGCCACUAGUUGCAAGCGUAGCUGAACGACUUUGGUCUACAGAACCUUCGGAAACUGAAGUAUUCGCACGAAAACUUGAUGAACUUCGUUUUCGAAUGUCAAGACGUGAUUGGAGUGCUCAAGCGAUAACUCGACCUCGAUUGCGUUUUCCAUAGCCAGUAUGAUGACAAACACAGACACACAUAUUUUUCGAUUAGAUAACACUUUUCUGUGAAAUUAAAAAUGAUAAUUAAAUUUGUUACUAAAUUCGCACCUAGUUUUAUUCUUCUCUUGCAUAUUUUUAUUUAUAUUAUGUGAUAUAAAUUC